GAGAGGAAAAACCACUCCGAAUUCUCGACUGUACCGUGCUAGAGCAACCUUCUGUUCUUGUUAUUUUGAUCAAUGAGUUCAGCAUUUCUUGAAUUCGUUUUUCCAGAAUUCAGUUGCUCGAUUUUGCCGGGUUUCUGCGAAAAUGGUGUCCCCAGUGCAGUUUCCAAACACUUUCUCCAUGUACUUGAGAUUGAUUAAAAUCCAUGAAAGUUUUCUUGAUUAUAGGUGCAACCAUUAUUAAUUUCUUUGAGUAGGAACCGAUCAAGAAACAGUGAAAAGCACCAAAGCAAUCAGCUCAGAUCACUAGAACAACUUCCACGCGCACCAAUCUUGUUGUAGCAAUAAACCCUUUAAACUUGGCCACCGGAUUUCUUCAUUGUGCAAAACAAAGUCACUCACUGCCUUUACCACGCCAAGACUAUGGCAAAGAUCUUCACAGGUCUACCAAUUCUGACUCCAGGAGUCAGAGUAGGCCAACUGCUGUUUGAGACCAUCGCUAACCACCAUUAAGCAGUGGAAGAAUCAGAAAUCUUUUGCCCAAUUCACGAUCAAGAGGCCCUCUAAUGAGCCUCUCACAAUUAGGAUUUUGGCUCCGGUAAUUGCUAGAAUCAUUCAAUGGUGUCGGAAAAGUUUCACCUAAUAAGUACUAAGCAGCAAACUUGGAGAACAGGGCAUGACUUCCUUCUAUUCCUUUUUUGUAUCAGCUACUAUAAAAUCGGUCUUACUCCCUUGGACCACUCCUAUAUCCCAGACAAAACUCGAAAAUGUCGAGAAUGAAGCUCGCUUUCAUUGCUUAUUUCGCCGUCGCGGCUGUUAUGGCGAUGGGUGCUUCGGCCUUGCCCGUCACUUUCAUCUUCGGCGACUCCUUAACGGAAGUCGGGAACAACAAUCACUUGCAGUACUCUCUGGCAAGGUCUAACUAUCCAUGGUACGGCAUAGACUAUGAAGGUGGACAGGCAACCGGGAGGUUCACAAAUGGGAGGACCAUUGGUGACAUUUUAUCUGCAAAGCUUGGAAUUUCUUCACCGCCGCCGUAUUUGUCAAUGUCACCAAACGAUGACGCGCUCCUUCAAGGGGUCAGUUAUGCAUCCGGUGGAGCAGGAAUUCUCAACGAGACAGGGCUCUAUUUUAUCCAGAGGCUAUCGUUCGAUGAUCAAAUCAACUGCUUCAACAAGACCAAAGAAGUGUUCAACGCUAAAAUUGGAGAGGAAGCUGCAAACAAGCUCUGCAAUAAAGCCCUCUUUUUUAUUGGCCUUGGCAGCAAUGACUAUGUGAACAAUUUUUUGCAGCCGUUCUUAGCUGAUGGUCAGCAAUAUACGCAUGACGAGUUUCUGGAACUCUUGAUCUCCACCUUGGAUCAGCAACUCACGAGGCUGCACACACUCGGCGCACAGAAGAUUAUCUUCCACGGUCUCGGUCCUCUUGGCUGUAUCCCUUCUCAGAGAGUGAAAUCGAAGCAACGCGAGUGCCUGCAUAGAGUCAAUGACUGGGUUCUCGUGUUCAAUGCCAGAGUGCAGAAGCUACUCACCUCUCUGAAUCAACGGCUCCCAAACGCGAGAUUCACAUUCGCCGACACAUAUCAGGCGGUCCUAGACUUGAUCAACAACCCCACCAAUUAUGGAUUUAAGGUCUCCAACACUUCAUGUUGCAAUGUGGACACAUCUGUAGGAGGCCUGUGCAUGCCAAACUCCAAGUUAUGCAAAAACCGCCAUGAGUAUGUCUUUUGGGAUGCUUUCCAUCCCUCGGACGCGGCCAAUGCCGUUCUGGCUGAUAAGCUUUUCUCCAGCUUAUUUUCCAGUUCCCCUUCCAUCGCACCGACGCCCACUAGCUGAUGAGGCAACUGUUGAGUUGGUCUGCUUAAAGUUUGCGUACCCCUAUAAGGCUAGCGGGUUCCUACAUUAUAUGAGUAUUAGUAAAGUAUAUGUACCAUAAACUCGAAGGUUGAACCGAAAACAACUAAUAGCCGUAGGUUUAAUGCUCGCGGAAUAAUGAACUUCAAAAUAAUACUCUGUUCACAGGUAAGAGGUGACCUGAAGCUGAGUGUUGCUCCUAUGCUUGUAAUGCAAACAUACGCACCCAUUGUUUGAUAAUACAAGAUGAGUAUUUUGUA